CUUGAUGGAGAAGCCGAGCGAGCUCUGACUCCGCGGCGGUUUCGGGAGAAAUUCCAUGGCAAUGUAUCCUACAAGGGUCUCCGGUGAGGAAUGCAACGGCAUCAACGCCAUGGCGGCCGAGAGCGGCCCCGGCACGCGCCUGCGGAACCUGCCGGUGCUGCCGGACGCGCUGGACUCCACGCAGCCGUCGGCGGCCCCGGCGCCCGGCCAGGCCCAGCCCGGGGGCGGCAUCGGGGUCAAUCCGCCGCCGCCGGAGACGUCCAAUCCCAACAAACCCAAGCGCCAAACCAACCAGCUGCAGUAUCUGCUCAAGGUGGUCCUCAAGACCCUCUGGAAGCAUCAGUUCGCGUGGCCCUUCCAGCAGCCCGUGGACGCCGUCAAGCUCAACCUCCCGGAUUAUUAUAAAAUAAUUAAAACUCCGAUGGACAUGGGAACAAUAAAGAAACGCUUGGAAAAUAAUUAUUACUGGAAUGCUCAAGAAUGUAUCCAGGAUUUCAACACCAUGUUUACAAACUGCUACAUCUACAACAAGCCAGGGGAUGACAUUGUGCUGAUGGCAGAAGCUCUGGAGAAGCUUUUCCUGCAGAAGAUCUCGGAGAUGACGCAGGAGGAGACGGAAAUCGUCAUCGCCCAGACCAAGGGCCGGGGCCGCGCCCGCAAGGAACCAGGUGGGCCCCACCCGCCCGUCAUCCCCACGCCCGCCCAGCCCGUCAAGGUAUGGAAUUCCACCAGAACUGCCAAUUUUUGGUGUUUUUUGCAGUCCAAGCUGGAGGGCCGGGAGUACCGCGACGCUCAGGAGUUCGCGGCCGACGUGCGGCUGAUGUUCUCCAACUGCUACAAGUACAACCCCGCCGACCACGAGGUGGUGGCCAUGGCCCGCAAGCUGCAGGACGUGUUCGAGAUGCGCUUUGCCAAGAUGCCGGACGAGCCGGAGGAGCCGGUGAUCCCCGCCUCGUCCCCGGUGGUGGUCCCGCCCCCCACCAAGGUGGCCCCGCCCUCGUCCAGCGACAGCAGCAGCGACAGCUCCUCCGACAGCGACAGCUCCUCCGACGACUCCGAGGAGGAGCGGGCGCAGCGCUUGGCCGAGCUCCAGGAGCAGCUCAAGGCCGUGCACGAGCAGCUGGCGGCGCUGUCCCAGCCCCAGCAGAACAAACCAAAGAAGAAGGAGAAGGACAAGAAGGAGAAGAAGAAGGAGAAGCACAAAAAGAAGGAGGAGCUGGAGGACGCCAAGAAGAGCAAGGCCAAGGAGCCGCCCCCCAAGAAGGCCAAGAAGAGCAACAGCAACAGCAGCGCCUCCAGCAAGAAGGAGCCAGUGGCAAAGCUCUCCAGAUCCUUCGCUCAAUCCCCGUUAACGCCCCGCGGUGACGCGCUCCCGUUGUUCCCGGCAGAGAAGCUCGACGUCCUGGCCGGCUCCUCCAAGCUCAAGGGAUUCUCGUCGUCGGAGUCGGAAUCCAGCAGCGAGUCGAGCUCCUCCGACAGCGACGAGUCGGACUCAGAAAUGGCGCCAAAAUUGAAGAAAAAAGGGCACUCGGGACGGGAGCAGAAAAAGGUGCCGCCGCCGGUGCCGCCGCCGGUGCCGCCGCCGCCGCACCACAACCUCCCCCUGAGCACCAGCCAGAUGCAGCUGUACCUGCAGCAGCUGCAGAAAGUGCAGCCGCAGACUCCGCUUCUCCCUUCAGUGAAGGUCCAGUCGCAGCCGGCGCCGCAGCCGCAGCCGCCGCCGCCUCCCCCGGCGCUGCCGCCGCCGCCGGCGCAUCCCGCGGGAAACCCCAACGUUCCUCACGGACAUUUUGGGUUCUUGGGGGCCGUGCUGGGGUUUUCGGGGUCGGUGGCGACGCUGACUGACCGCUGCCCCCCUGUUGCAGGUCACCUGCGGGAAGCCCCCUCCCCCCUCAUGAUGCCUUCCCCACAGAUGGCGCCGUUCCAGGGCCUCGUGCCUCAGUCGCCCCCUCAGCAAAACAUCCAGCCAAAAAAACAGGAGCUGCGGGCGGCCUCGGUGGUGCAGUCGCAGCCGCUGGGGGGGGCCAAGGAGGAGAAGCUGCACUCGCCCGUGAUCCGCACCGAGACCUUCAGCCCCCCCCUGCGCCAGGAGCCCCCCAAGGGCCACCCCGAGGGCAUCAAAGCGGCCCCGCACCUCCCCCAGCGUGAGUGCGGCCACCCCGGGCACGGGGCACCCCAAAAAGCAACGGCUCUGGGGUCAGCCUGCCCAGGAUUCCCACUGGGGUCUGAAAUCCCCACAAUUCCCAGGUUUUGGGAUCUGAAAUCCCCUGAGCUGCGGGCGGCCUCGGUGGUGCAGUCGCAGCCGCUGGGGGGGGCCAAGGAGGAGAAGCUGCACUCGCCCGUGAUCCGCACCGAGACCUUCAGCCCCCCCCUGCGCCAGGAGCCCCCCAAGGGCCACCCCGAGGGCAUCAAAGCGGCCCCGCACCUCCCCCAGCGGAACCUGGAGAACAUCCAGAACUGGUCUGGGAGCUUCCAGAGGUUCUUCCACGAGGUCCCACCAGGAUCAGGGAUGGGUGUGAUCCAGGGGGACCUGGAGAACUCCAGGGGUGGCCGCUGUCUCCGGCAGGACCUGAAGAUCAAGAACAUGGGCUCGUGGGCGUCGCUGGUGCAGAAGCACCCGGCGGCGCCGGCGGCGGCGGCCAAGUCCUCGAGCGACUCCUUCGAGCAGUUCAAGCGGGCGGCGCGCGAGAAGGAGGAGCGCGAGAAGGCGCUCAAGGCCCAGGCCGAGCAGGUGGAGCGCGAGAAGGAGCGGCUCAGGCGGGAGCAGGAGAGGAUGAGGUCCCGGGAGGACGAGGAGGCGCUGGAGCAGGCGCGGCGGGUGCACGAGGAGGGUCUAGAGCAGUGCAGGGUCCUGGUCACUGAUGGUCAAAAUCCUGAAAAUGGGGGGAAAUGGUUGGGAUGUUCCCAAAAAAUCCCGAAAAUGGGUCCCAAAAAUGGGGGGAAAUCGUUGGGAUGUUCCCGGAAAAUCCUGAAAAUGGAUCCCUGA